CAACAGCAUCUAUGGAGCGAAGGAAAUCCUGCAUCUCAUAGAACCUACAAACCUCUAUGUCUUUGGAAGCCGGAGGAAACCGGAACACCCAGAGAAAUCCAACGCGGUGACAUGGAGAACGUACAAAUUAAAUACAUACAGUAACCAUAGUCAGGAUUGAACCCGGGUCUCUGGUGCUGUAAGGCAGCAACUCUACUGCUGUGCCACCGUGCCGCCCCUCUAAAGAGGCUUUCUGAACAGAUGAUCACUACCUGCCCACCUUGCUAUACCUUCCUGCAUCUCAUAGAAUUGUAAAAAUGUACAGCACAGAAAUGAACACUUUCAAGCCUUCUCAUACAUGGCAAUGAUGAUGCCAAUCUGCACCAAUCAAAAAUACCUGCGUUUAUCUGGCACAGAUAGGAUGGACAGUCAGAACCUCUCCCCAUCAUGGAAAAGUCAACCACUUGGAGCUAUAUCUUUGAGAGAGGGGAAGAAACUGUCCCAGAAUCCAGAGGUAUACUCCAGUCUGAAGAAGGGUCCUGAACCAAAACGUCCCCCAUCCAUGAUCUCCAGAGAUUCUGCCUGACCCGCUGUUGAUACAGCACUUUGUGUCUUAAAAAAAAGACUCAAACAUUACUAUUCCUGGGGUAAACAGAAAAAGCUGGAGUAAAUCAGCGGGUCGGGCAGCAUCUCUGGGAAGAAAGGAAUAGGUGAUGUUUCAGGUCGUGACCCUUCUUCAGACAGAAAAUGCUGGAGUAAUUCAGUGGCACAGGUAGCGUCUCUGGAGAAAAAUAAUUUGUUGCACGUUGGGUCGAGACCCUUAUUCAGACAGAAGAAGGGAUUCGACCUGAAACAUCACCUAUUCCUUCGCUGGGACAGUUCUGGGACAGUUUCUUUCCCUCUCUCCAGCAUUUUGCGUCUAUCUUGGUGUAAACCAGCAUCUGCUGUUCCUUCUUACUACCUUUUCUGGGGGUUGCCUGAAAUGGGCAAUUACUUUAAAAAAACAGAAAAUAUCUGCUCAUUUGCCUGACUUGGCAUGGUAAUAAGUUCAGCUCCCCUUGGAGGAUAUCUCUUCCAUGAAAUAGAUACAGACCCAAUAUUACUCAGUUCCAAGAACAGAGCAUGCCGGCCAAGUCUCUCGAUUGGGAAGAUUGUGCUGAUAUUACAGGCACAAAAUUAUGGAUUUUUGUGUCACUGAAAAUUUUCAAUCAAGGAAAGGAGGUUUGAUCACUGCAGCCUAAUGAGGGAGUAAUGCACCAAUAUCUUCAGGCUAUUUUGCUUUCUUGGAUACAGUUUGCAUAAUGGUUCAGGCAUUUUCUCACAGAAUGUUGAGCUGCAGAUCCCAGAUCCGCCACUGAGUUAGACUCUUAGUCCCAUUCUGUUCAGCUCAGUUGCCCAGAUCUUUGAAAGAAUUAAUCAAAAACAUUUUAUUUUUAAUAGCAUGCACAUCUAAAAAAAAAACUACAACCUUAACCUAGUUCAUAAGACAUGGCGCCGCAGUGGUAGAGUUGCUGCUUUACAGUUUUUUUCUGUACGGAGUUUGUACGUUCUCCCCAUGACCUGCGUGAAUUUCCUUCAGGAGCUCUAGUUUCCUCCCACAUUCCAAAGACGUACAGGUUUGUAGGAUAAUUGGCUUGGUAAAAUUGUAAAUUGUCACUAGGGUGGUGUUAGUGUGCGGGGAUCGCUGGUCGGCACAGACUCGAUGGGCCGAAGGACCUGUUUCUGUGCUGUAUCUCUAAACUAAACUAAAUUAAACUAAAUUAGGCCAUUGGGCCCAUCAAGUCUACUCUGGCAUCUUUCCCACUCAACCUCCAUUGCCCAUUCUUCUCCAUGUAACCGUUGACACCCAUACUAAUCCUGACACUAAGUUGGUUUAUUUCCAAUUAACUAAGCUAAUGGCUCAGAAGGAAAGUAGCAGAUCAAGAAGUGAGGAGUGAAGAAUGUUUCAUUUGUCUUAUGUAAUGAAACUGAACUAUUCAAUUCUUAGAAAAAAGGAACUGCAGAUGCUAAUUUACAAAGAAAAAGAGACACAAAGUGCUGGGAGUAAUUCAGAGAGUCAGGCAGCAUCUCAGGAGAUGCUGCCUGACCGGAAAUAUGUCCUAUCCAUGUUCUCCAGAGUUGCUGCCAGGCCCGCUGAGUUACUCCAGCACUUUGUGUCUUUGUUUAACAAUGAAAUUCUUACAGGCGGCUCUGAACUUCCAUCUACCUCAUUGGAAUCCUAUGAUCUAUCUUCAAUUGGACUUUACUGAAUUUUAUCUUGCACUAAAUGUUAUACCUUUAUCCUAUAUCUGUACACUGUGGAUGGCUUGAUAGUAAUCAUGUAUUGUCUUUUCACUGACUGGAUAGCACGCAGCAAAAAAGCUUUUCACUGUAACUCAGUACACAUGGCAAUAAUAAACUAAACUAAACUCGCAGCUGCAUAACAGGUCUGUAAACACAGUGCUCAAUAGAUAACAUAAUCAUAGGACAAAUUAAAAAUAAGCACAAUUAAAAAAGAACAAUAUUAGUGCAAAAGAAAAUAAAAGUCCCUAGUGAAACCAAGACAGUUCGUAGUUCGAAGUUUAAUUGGUACUUGUGUUCAAUAGCCUUGUGGUUGUUGGGAAAGUAGCGGUUGGCAUGGAAACCUACUUUGUCCAGCUUCAUCACAUGGUUUCCCCAUUGAAAUGGCAGUGUACAAGUUCAAUUGGUUCACAUUGACGUCAGGAUGAGCUUGAACACCACAGAUACUUUGGUGGGACUUGUAACCAACGCAACAGACUGUGGUAGAAAUGUGGAGCCUGGUGUUUUGGAGUUUAAAAUUGUGAACUGUAUUUUGGCCUCUGUUGCAAUUUGCAUUCUGAUCGGGUCUGGAAUUAUCUGCAGCCUCUCCUAUAUCAGGAGACGAAGACAACUUCAGCAAGCCAGACUGUACGAGAACACUAUCGGAAACAAGGCAGAUGCUGUAAAUAUAAAGAGUAAGAAAAGAACCCAGAGUUGCUGCAAAUCAUCUGUUUUCAUGAACAAACGCAAAAGGCAUCACAAUGUAAACAUAUUCUUUAUUUCUCAAAAUCCAAUGACUUCAUCAGAGGAGUGUAUCAUUAACUUGUGAUGGGCGGCACAGUGGCGCAGCUGGUAGAGCUGCUGAAUCACAGCUCCAGAGACUCGGGGUUCGUCCUGACCUCGGCUGCUGUCUGAGUGGAGCUUCCACGUUCUCCCUGUGGGCUUUCUCCGGGUGCCCCGGUUUCCUCCCGCAUCCCAAGCAUGUGUGGGGUUUUAAGGUAUUUGGAAUCUGUAAAUGCGCCUAAUGUAUAGGAAGUGGAUGAGAAAGUGGGAUAACAUAGAGCUAGUGUCAACGCGUGAUCGAUGGCCAGCAUGGACUCGGUGGGCCAUGUUGUAUCUUUAAACUAAACUUAAAAACUUAAAUUAAAAUUUUU